AUGGCGGCCAGCGCGGCCGCGGGCGGGGGCCGCGGGAGCCGGCGGCCGGCGCUGGCUCUGCCGGCGGGGCGGGCCGCGCUGGGCGCCCGGGCGGCGCUGGCAGCCGCGCUGGCGCUGUUCGGCUGGCUGCAGGCGGCGCACGGCGCCGGGAGCCCCCCCGGCGACCCUCUGCUGCGGCCCUACUUCCCCUCCCGGCACGGCUCCCGGCUCAGCCACCGGCAGGUGCGGGACUGCCAGCCCCUGCGCUACGGCAACGCCACGCACGAGGCCUGGCGCGGCGACGGCACCGACGGCCCCGCCGCCACCACCAGGACCUUCGUCUCCUACCUGCCCGCAGAGGGGGAGGGCCGCAGGGCGGUCUACGGCCACCUCACCUUCGUGAGGAACCCCCUCCGCACCUUCUCGGUGCUGGAGCCGGGCGGCGCCGGCGGCUGCCGGGAGCGCCGCAGGGCCACCGUGGAGGAGACGGCGAGGCUGGGCGGCUGCCUGGUGGCGCAGAACGGCGGCUACUUCGACAUGGAGAGCGGCGAGUGCCUGGGCAACGUGGUGAGCGACGGCAGGCUGGCCCGCAGCGCCGCGGGGCUGCAGAACGCGCAGUUCGGCAUCCGCCGCGACGGCACCUUGGUGUUCGGGUACCUGUCUGAGGAGGAAGUCCUGGAUGAAGCAAACCCUUUUGUGCAGCUGGUGAGUGGUGUGGUCUGGCUGCUCAGAGAUGGAGAAGUGUACAUCAACCAGAGUCAGGCAGCUGAGUGUGGGGAUGUUCAGACCACAGGAACCUUCGACAGGUUCAUCAACGUCAUCUCGGCCAGGACUGCGGUGGGACAUGACAGGCAGGGGCAGCUGGUCUUGGUGCAUGUGGAUGGGCAGACAGAAUCCAGAGGGGUGAACCUGUGGGAGAUGGCUGACUUCCUCAAGCAGCAGGGCAUCAUCAAUGCUAUCAACCUGGAUGGUGGAGGCUCUGCAACCCUGGUCUUGAAUGGGACCCUUGCAAGUUACCCCUCUGAGCACUGCUCGUUCGACAGCAGGUGGCGCUGUGCUCGCCGCAUCUCCACGGUGCUGUGUGUGCACCACGCCCCCUGCCGGCCGCCCGACUGCAGCGGCCACGGCCACUGCCUGCAGGGACACUGCCGCUGCUCGGGGCCCUUCUGGACGGGGCCGGCCUGCGACCGCCUGGACUGCGGCCCCGCCAACUGCAGCCUGCACGGAGCCUGCACCGAAGCUGGCUGCCUCUGUGAUGCUGGCUGGACUGGCAGCAACUGCACUGAAGCCUGUCCCAGUGGCUCCUUCGGGGAGGCCUGCAGCCAGCAGUGCCAGUGCCAGAAUGGAGGCUCCUGUGAGCCUGUGCAUGGGGCCUGCUCCUGCCCACCUGGCUACCAUGGCACCACCUGUGAGCACGAGUGUCCCUUGGGCUGGCAUGGGCCAGGCUGCCAGCAGCAGUGUGAGUGUGCCCACUCCUGUCCCUGCCACCCUCAGACAGGCAGCUGCAACCUCACCCACCAGCUGCAGGAGCAGCUCACCAAAGCUGGGAGGUGUUUGGCUUCCCAGAAGGCAGCAAGGAGCAAAGACAAAGCAUUCAUGUCAGAGUAAGUGUGAGGAGCUCAUCCUGCUCUGGGCUGCUGGUG